AUCUUGAGGAGGAAGCCAGGGUUUCCAGAUAAGAGCCGUAUCUCAGGGAGUGUCUUUGCCCUGGUAAUGUGCUCUUAUGUAAAUCAUGGUUGCACAGUCACUUCUGGUUUUAUUGGCUUCCAGAAACUGGUCUCGUGCGCUGACGGCUCUGUAUACACGAUCACCACGGAGAUGAAUAACAAGGAAGAGAGAUUCGGCUCCAGAUCUUCUGACCCGAGAUCGAACGUUUUGAGAUAAAAUGCAAUACAGAUGAAAGCUGGUCAUGUUAAUAUAUCUGGAGUCAGCUUUAGGAUAAGUGUUAUGUAAAGAAUAAAUAAAAAAAUAAACAUCCUCGAGUGCCUGGAUUUAACUGCCCUUGUGUCUCUGAGCUUUACAGCUUUAUUGCCCAGUUUUUAUGCCCCAGCCCAGCGUAUUCCCGGGUCCAAAAGGCCACCUCCCAGCUGUGAUAUGUCAUCUUACCACUCAGGGUUUGUCUCGUUCCGACUGGAAGCUGCUUUCUUACCUGAUCUCCUCUUCGGAUAUAUUAUCAGAUCUGCCGUGACGUUGCUGAACCGAGAUCUGAUAAUCACUUCUCAGCAUGCUAGAGCAAAGUCAAAGUGCCAUAAAGACAACCACGUAUGUCUACGUCUAACAUCUACAUCCACGUCUUCCUCAUUUCUGACCCUCCUAAAAACUUACUUACCGCUCAGAAGUGGCAGCAGUUCGGGACAUCGUCGGGUAGAGGAGCGGCGCAGGGUCCUGUGGAGAGAAAUAAUGAUCUCAGGAGCUUAUUUAUAAACUUUAUAGCUAGAUUUCAACCUAAAUAAUCGAUGUGCAGUGUUUAAACCUGGUUUAGUUUGUUCGUGUUCUUUAGCUGGAGAGAGAGAGAGAGAGAGAGAGAGAGAGAGAGAGAGAAAGAGGUCACAAUGGUGCUGCUGAACAAAGGUGAUUAUGUCUGGAUGGACUCGGGGAUCGGGGUCCCGAUCGGGGCUCGUGUGAAGAUGUUGGACGGAAAGCAGGUGAUUCUGCUGGACGAUGAGGGAAAGGAGCGGAGUGUGUCGGAGAACGAACAGGCGUCCCUCAGACUCAUGCACCCCACGUCGGUGGAAGGAGUGGACGAUAUGAUCAAGCUGGGUGAUCUGACGGAGGCCAGCGUGCUCAGGAACCUGCUGAUCCGACACAAGCAGGACAUCAUCUACACGUACAUCGGCUCGGUGCUGGUGGCCAUGAACCCGUAUCAGCUGCUUCCCAUCUACACGGCGGAUCAGGUGCAUCUGUACCACAGCCGUCGUCUGGGUGAACUUCCCCCUCACGUCUUCGCCAUCGCAGACAGCUGCUACUACAACAUGCGGAGAAACCAGCGUAACCAGUGCUGCAUCAUCAGCGGGGAGUCGGGAGCAGGAAAGACGGAAAGUACGAAGCUGAUCCUGCAGUUUCUGGCAGCGGUCAGCGGACAGCACUCAUGGAUCGAGCAGCAGAUUCUGCAGGCGAACCCAGUGCUGGAAGCUUUUGGAAACGCCAAAACGACACGGAACGACAACUCGAGCCGCUUCGGGAAGUACAUCGAGAUCUUCUUUAAUAAAGACGGCGUGAUCGAGGGAGCUCACAUGGAGCAGUACCUGCUGGAGAAAUCUCGUGUCUGCCAUCAGGCUUCAAUGGAGAGAAACUACCACAUUUUUUACUGCCUUCUGUCUGGCAUGCCCAAAGAGCAAAAAAACACACUUUCACUUGGUGAUGCGACGCAGUUCAACUAUCUCACUGAGGGAAACUGCAUCACGUGUGAAGGACGGGACGACGGAGAAGACUUCGGCCUCAUCCGCACCGCCCUCAAAGUCCUGACCUUCUCCGACAGGGAAUGCUGGGAUAUAUUUAAAUUACUAGCGGCUAUUCUACACCUGGGCAACGUGGCGUUUUCAUCCAGCACAGUGAAUAACAUGGACUCGUGUGAGGUUUUAGAAUCACAACAUUUCUCUGUCGCUGCUAAGUUGUUAGAGGUUGAUAACACACAUCUGGAUGCCAGUUUGACCUCUCGCACUUUUAUGACCAGACAAGAGAAAGUGAUGAAACCUCUGAGUUCAGAACAGGCUCUGGACUGCAGGGACGCUCUGGCCAAGGCGAUCUACACCAAACUAUUUAUAUGGAUUUUUGGGAAAAUGAACAGCGCCAUCCAUCAGAAGCAGAUGAGCGGCUCCAGCACUCAGAAGUCCAUUGGUCUGCUGGAUAUAUUCGGCUUCGAGAAUUUUAAAGUCAACAGUUUCGAGCAGCUGUGCAUUAAUUACGCUAACGAGCAGCUGCAGCAGUUCUUUGUGGCGCACAUCUUCAAGCUGGAGCAGGAGGAAUACCUCAAAGAGGGCGUGACGUGGAAGAACGUCUCCUUCAUCGAUAACCAGCACACGCUCGACCUGCUGGCUUUACAGCCGCUCAACCUGCUGUCUCUGAUCGACGAGGAGACUCACUUCCCCAAGGGCACAGACAAGUCUAUGUUGGACAAAAUGAACAACAAACAUCAAUGCAGCAAGAUCUACGUCCCGCCCAAGUCUAACCACAUCCUGCGGUUCGGUGUCCGACACUUUGCCGGCGUCGUCUAUUAUGACUGUAAAGGGUUUCUGGAGAAGAACCGAGAUGUGUUGAAUUUGGAUAUCAUCACACUCAUUCAGAAAUCCUCCAGCAAGCUGCUCAGGCACAUCUUUGAGACAGAGCUGAACCUGUGCCAAGUCAAACCCAUUAACAACAAUAACAACAACAAUCACCACAGGAUCAUCAUCACGCAGAAGAAACCCACACGGCCGUUACAGCAGGGGAACGAGCAGCGCAGACAGAUCUCCACGCUGAGCGGUCAGUUCAGACAGUCACUGGACACGCUGAUGAAGGCCCUGUCUCUGUGCCAGCCGUUCUUUAUCCGCUGCUUCAAACCUAACGACACAAAGCUCUCCAUGGUGUUUGAUCGGGAUCUGUGCAUGCAGCAGCUGCGUUAUUCCGGCGUCCUGGAGACCAUUAAAGUGCGCAAAAUGGGAUAUCCAAUCCAGCACAAGUUCAAAGAGUUCCUGGGACGCUAUCGAGUUUUACUAAAGACCACCGACUGUGACCCCAACAAGGCGUCUGCGUCAGACUGCUGUAACGCCAUCUGCAGAGCUGUCAUUAAAUGCCAAGACGACUGGAGGAUCGGCAUGACCAAGAUCUUUCUCAAGGAUCAUCACGACUCGUUCCUGGAGCUGGAGAGAGAGCGAGAGCUCAACAGGAAAGCACUCAUCAUCCAGAGAGUGAUGCUCGGCCACAAAGACAGGAAGAAUUUCAUCAGGAAAAGAAGUGCCGCUGUGACUGUGCAGAAAAACUGGCGCUCUUACAGAGACCGGAAACAGUUUAUGAAGCUGCGCCAGGGUUUCAUGCGUCUCCAGGCCGUGGUACGCGCCAGGCAGGGCUUCCUGCAGUACCGACGCAAACGAGGCGCCGCUGUCACACUGCAGAAGCACACGCGCAGCUACCUGACCAGGAAAGACCAGAAACGCAGACAAGAUGCUGCCAUACUGCUGCAGGCGCACACCAGAGGCCUGCUCGCCAGGAAACAGCUCAAACGCCUUAAAGAUGAUGCGUUCUUGUCGGCCCAGAAGCGUCAGGAACGGGAACUCGCGGCCCUGGAGCUCCAGCGCAGACUGAACCAAACCAAACGGCAAAUAAGUGAGCCUGAAGAGACGCAAGAAGAGGAUACGAGUCAUGAGGAAAUGGUGGAAAACGCCUUUAGAUUCCUUCCAAGCGCCACAGAAAGUGAGGAGGAGCCGAGGCAAGACAGAACACAGGAAGAACAAACCGUAGAACUGAAGAAGGAAAAAGAAGUGCUUCAGAUUGUAGUAACUCCAGUUGCAAAUGACGAUCAAACUGAUGAAGAGGAAGAAAAGGAAGAAGAGGAGGAUGAUGACGAGUUCUCGUUCGCAAAUUUCUGUGCCCUGCACUUCCAGCAAUCUGCUACUCACACACACAUCCAGCAGAGACUGAAGCAGCCGCUGCUUUACCACGAGGAGGAAAGAGACACUCUGGCCUGUCUAUCUGUUUUUUGGAUGAUCAUGAAGUUCAUGGGUGAUAUUCCUGAGCAGAGCAAAGCUCGGCAGUCUCUGACCCCCAACCUGAUCCAGCAGCACCUGGGACAGCACCAGGGCCGGCGCCUCAGCCACUUCGUCGGGUUGGACGAGAAAAUCCUGCGUAAAAAACUAAAACACGACAAUAAGAGGAAACCCUCCGCCAUCCUCGAGGAGUUAAACAUGGAAGACAUGGGCGAAGAAGACGAUGUUCUGAUCGGAGAAGGACCCAGUCUGGAUCGACCCAUGACGUCCUUGGAGAAAUUGCACAUCAUUGUAGGAUACGCCUUACGCAGGCCUCUCAUACGAGAUGAGAUCUACUGUCAGAUCUGUAAGCAGCUGACCAAGAAUAAGAACCCGAAGAGCUGUAAGCAAGGCUGGAUACUUCUCUCCAGCUGCCUUGGGAUUUUCCCUCCAACUGCGCUCCUGACUCGAUACCUGGAGCAUUUUAUUCACCGUGGCCCGGCUGAGUUCUCCUCUUCCUGUGCCAAACGCCUCCGGAGGAUUCUGACUAAUGGAGAGAGGAAGGAAGUUCCAUGCUGGAUCGAGCUACAUGCCACGGAGACGAAGAAGCCCAUCAGCGUGGACGUGACCCUGACAGACGGGCGUGUCCUCACGCUGCCUAUAGACUCAUCCAGCACUUCAUCAGAGCUCUGCAGCGCCGUCGCAGAGAAGAUCGCUCUGAAGGAUAUGUUCGGGUUCUCGCUCUACAUCUCCUACUGCGACAAGAACUGGUCUCUUGGCAGCAGCAUGUAUCACGUGCUGGACGCGAUCUCGCUGUGUGAGCAGGAGGAGAAGAGGAAAGGAGGCGAGGAGAAGAAUGCUCCAUGGAGUCUAUCUUUUCAGAAAGAGCUCUUCACUCCAUGGCAUGACUGCACCACUGACUCCAUCAGCACAGAGCUCAUUUACAUGCAGAUCAUCCACAACCUCAAGUCCGGAGAGUAUCAGUGUGAUAAGGAGGAUGAGUACGUGCAGCUUGCAGCAAAGCACUAUUACAUCAAAUACGGCACAGAGAGCAGCAGGGAGAAAGCCAAAAGCAUCGUGUGGGAGUGUCUGAGCCUCAAUCUGAUCGAGAACAAAUCAGAGGUCAGGCUGGUGCAGCUGGUCAGCAACUUCCACGAGCAGGGCUUAUAUAGAAACUCCAGUCCAGACCGUGUGAAAGCAGAAGUGGUCGAGUACGGCCGUCUCACCUGGCCCAUCUACUUCUCUAAAUUUUUCGAGACCAUCGUGAUUUCAGGUCCUUUACCCCAAGAAAAGGUCGUUAUGGCUGUUAACUGGAACGGCGUCUCGUUUCAUGAAGGAAAAGAAAAAACAUACCUGAAGAUCUCUUACCCCGAGGUGACGGGGGUAGAAAUAGUCAGUGAGGGACAUGGUGUGUCUCAGACGAGGGAGGUGGUCAGUCUCUCCACUCUGAGAGGCGAGUUCAAGCUGAAGGCAGUUAAGGCUCAGAGCAUGGUGGAGCUUCUGUCUACAUUCCUCAACGGGCUGAAGGAGCGCUCUGUCUACGCCGUGGCUGUGCAGGACUCCAGCAGACAAGACGACGCGACUUUCCUGAGCUGUAAAAAGGGAGAUCUCAUCAACAUCAUCAAGGACGGAGAGUACGCUCCUGAGGGAGGCUGGAUUAACGGGAGGAACGACAGAACCGGACAAACUGGAGCCGUUUCUACCGACACCAUCACGGUCCUGCCCACCCUGAGCAGACCCUCUGAUGACAUACUGGCUCUGUUGAACCCAUCUCAGAGGAAAUUGGUGGCGACGGCUCUGCUGAAGGAGGACAUGAGCUCGGAGACCAUGGCUCAUUCUCUCAAAGACUUCUCCUUUGAGCAUUUCAGAGAGGCGGGGAAGGAUGCAGGGCGUCCAGGACGAGCCAGGGUGCAAGAGAAACUGUGGGCCCAAUCGAGAGAACCGCUCAAACAGCCGCUACUGAAGAGUCUGCAGAAAAACUCAGAGCUCAGCCAGCUGGCCUGCAUUUCCUUCACUGCUAUUCUUAAGUAUAUGGGUGACUAUCCCAUCAAAAGCACAAGGAACCCUGUGGAGCUGACGGACCAGAUCUAUGGACCUCCUCUGCAGCACCCGGACCUCAGGGAUGAAGUUUACUGCCAGAUCAUGAAGCAGCUCACCAAAAACAACAACGCGUUGAGUAGAGAGCGAGGUUGGCAGUUGUUGUGGCUUUGUUGUGGACUUUUUCCUCCCAGUCAGAGUUUGCUAAAACACACCCAGCGCUUCUUAGAGUCCAGACCCAGAGAGCCGCUAUCAUCCGCCUGUCUGCAGAGACUACAAGGAGUGGUCAGACUGGAAGCCAGAACAGCAGCUCCUCAUCAUGUAGAAGUCGACGCCAUCCGGCAAAACAGCUCCCAGAUCUUCCACAAAGUUCAUUUCCCCGAUAACUCAGCAGAUCUCUUUGAAGUCACCUCGACUACACGGAUCCGUGAUCUGUGUCGCAGUAUCGCUCAUAACCUCAUGCUCUCUUCUGCUGAUGGCUACAGUCUGUUCGUGAAAACCGCAGACAAGGUGGUGAGCAUGAAAGAGCAGCUGUACUUCUUCGACAACCUGAAGGAGCUCACAGACGCUCCCAAGAAAGGAAAGAAAACCAAAGAGUCAACUCAGGCCACUGUUCCGUAUCUGGUGCUGUUCAUGAGGAAGCUCUGGUUUAACGUGAUUCCUGGGAAAGAUCUGAAGGCUGACCUCAUGUUCCACUUUCCUCAGGAGUUGCCGAAGUAUCUGCGUGGUUAUCACAGUGUGGAGAAGCAGGAUCUGAUCUCUCUGGCUGGAAUCCUGUUCAGGGUGCGAGUGGACGCAGACCGAUCACAGUUUGUCAUGAUCCCCAGAAUGAUGAAGGAACUCGUACCUGCUGACCAGCACAAGAUCAUGUCCACUGAGGACUGGAAGAAGCACAUAAUCAGUGAGUACAAUAAGCAGGCAGGAAUCACAGUGGAAGAGGCUAAAGUGCGCUUCCUGAAGGCCAUCACUUCCUGGCCCACGUUCGGCUGUGCGUUCUUCGAAGUGAAGCAAACAUCUGAACGCAGCUAUCCCAACGUCAUCCUCAUCUCCAUCAGCAAGCAAGGUGUCAGUCUCAUCAACCCCAAAACCAAGGAGGUGCUGGUGAUGCAUCCUUUCAGCAGAAUCACUAACUGGUCCAGCGGCAACACUUACUUCCACCUGACCAUCGGAAGCCUGGUGAAGGGAAACACACUGCUGUGUGAAACCUCAAUGGGAUAUAAAAUGGACGACUUGCUGAACUCUUAUGUGAACAUGUACAUGCAGGAGAGGGUGCUGGUGAGAGAAAGAAGCCGGCGCUUCUUUUAAUGAACACACACACACACACACACACACACUCUCUGUCUCUGUAGGAGUUAGCACUACGUUAUUUAAUAAAUUCUAUUUAAAAUUAUUACCAAAAGUCCUGGACUGUUCAUUAGACUUCAGCUUGAGUUUUGUGUGCAAAUGAAACUUUAAACUUUAUUAAUGAUGAAAUUUCUCUGUUUUAUUCGUUCCAUGAUGUCAUCAAGUCAAAUUCUAUUUGUCUGUAAAAAAAAAAAAUGUUAUUAAACUGUUAAAUAAA